AUGGAGUAUCUCGUGGGACCCGAUGCGAAGAAUCUGCCAGCGAUUGAUGGCGCGAUUCUACAGGGCGGCGUGUCUGAUCGCGAGGCGUGGCACGCCAUGUUGCAGACGGAGGAGGAGAAGGAGGCAUCGAAGAACAUCAUGGCUACGGCGAAGAGGAUGAUCGAUGAGGGCGAUGAGAAGGGCAUUGUUCCUACCAAGGGCAACAUGUUGGCGGAUGUACUCGGUGCGCCGAUUUCGGCGUACAGGACGUAUUCGCUGCUGGCGAAAGGUGGGGAUGAUGAUUACUUUAGCACGGAUCUGGGGGACGAAGUGUUCAAGAACACGUUUGGGAAGAUUCCGAAGGAGACGGCGGUGUGCUUCCUGUUGGGCAGUGAGGACCCGUUUGUGCUGAAGAGUGUGGAUAGGAAGGCGUUGUUGGAGCGGUGGACAAGGAUUAUCCGGGAAGGUGGAGGGGUGGUGGAUGAUGUGAAUGGCGGGUUAGUCGAAGGAGGACAUCACAAUCUCAACGGGGACCCAGAAGAAGUAGUUCAGGGGAAUUGGUGA